CUACUAAAAAAAUGCUAGAAGUACUAAGAAUUCAGAAAGGACAUCUAGAAAGAACCUCUAAGAAUAUCCAAAAUUCUCUAAAAAAUGCCAGAAGUAUUGAGAAUCUAGAAAGAAUCACUAAAAAGUCAUCAGAAGAAUUUCCAAAAAGCCACCAAAAAAUGUUAAAAGUACUAAAUAUCCAGAAAGAACCUUCAAAAGUCAUUAGAAAAACCUCCAAAAGUCAUAAAAAAAUGCUAAAAAUAUCAAGAAUUCAGAAAGAACCUUUAAAAAAUCAGCAGAAAAAACCCCAAAGCUACCAAAAAAUGCCAGAAAUAUCAAGAAUCUAG